UCCAGCACCAUGGUGUCUUUCUUCAAGCAGUUGGCCUUCUUCUUCGACUGGAAGCUGGUGGUGAUUUUGAGGGUGGACUUCGACUUCUUUGUCCUCCCUAGUAACGCCCUGGAAAACGGUCUCCGUGAGGCUGGCUUCAGGUCCUACGUGAUCCACCUGGAAUGGUUCGACGAAGUCCAGCCUGCUCUGGAGGAGGCUGCUCUCAACGGCCGAAUUAUCUUCAUCAGUGCGGACGGCAAUUUGGUUCGUAAGAUCAUGAUCAGCGCCUAUCAUCUUGGCAUGGUGUCGGGUGACUACGUGUUCUUCAGCUACCAUCCUUUCAACAACACCAAAUCCUUUGGGCGUGACUCCUGGAAUCAGGGGGAUGAAUACGACGAUAUAUUGAAGGUCGCCUAUCGCGCUCUAAUGACGAUACGCCUCUUCGAACCGACAACUGAUGAGUACGUCGCCUUCCAGCACGAGAUCAACGACCGUAUGCAGCGUUACUAUAACUUCACACCUGAACCGGGAGACGAGGUGAAUUUCUUUGCCACCUCGUUCCAUGACGCUUUGAUAUUGUACUCACUAGCCAUAAACGAGACUUUACAUGAGGGUGGUGACAUCCGUGAUGGCAUGGCGUUACGGGAGAAGAUGUGGAACCGCACUUUCCAAGGUAUCGGCGGUGAGGUUGGCAUCACGGCCAACGGCGACCGAGUGGCUGUCUAUUCCCUGUGGGACAUGACCGACACUGAAAACGGAGUCUUUGAGGUGGUUGCUGAUUACUAUGGUAUAACUCAAGAGAUCAAGUUUCGCAAGCCGAUCAUCUGGCACGGCGGAAAUGGGGAAGUUCCCAGAGACACGCCCAUCUGUGGAUUCUACAACGAGAACCCAGAAUGCAAUCCCAAAGAGAACAAUACCGUACUGUUGGUAUCGACAAUCUUAGCAGCUUGCCUGGUGAUUAUUUCCGUCUGCGUCAUGUUUGUAGUCUACAGGAGGAUGAAACUGAACUCCGAGAUUAUGAACAUGUCAUGGAAAAUCCGCUACGAUGAGUUGAUCUUUACCAAUACGUUCAGGUCCACUUCAUCUUCGAUUCGGUCACUGUCGAUGGGAAGCUUGGAUGCAGACGGUACCAAUCGGAAGCAGAUCUUCACCAAAGUCGCUCAGUAUGAGGGUCGAAUGGUAGCACUGAAGCCCUUGUACGCCGAGAAACUGGAGCUGACGAUGACUCUGUUGAAGGAAUUUAGAAAGCUUCGACGGAUGGAACAUAGCAAUGUUGUCCGUUUCGUUGGUGCCUGCAUCGACGGUCCUGAUAAUUCAAAGAAUACAUUCAUCACAGAGUACUGCAGUAAAGGAAGCCUUCAGGAUAUUCUGGAGAACGAUGCCCUGAAGCUGGACGCAGACUUCAAGCGUUCUCUUCUGCUGGAUGUUGUACAGGGUCUCAACUACAUUCACCACAGUGAAAUGGGCGUGCACGGCCGACUGCGCUCAUCUAACUGCGUCGUGGACAGCCGCUUCGUCAUCAAACUGGCCGAUUUUGGCCUACUCACCUACAGAGACAAGCCCUCGGAACAAGCUGAUAUGACAAAAAUGUUGUGGAAGGCUCCUGAACUCCUCCGGCAGCCAAGCAAGGCAGUAACCAAAGAGGGCGACGUUUAUGCCGUUGGAAUCAUUAUUCAGGAGGUGGUGACUAGAGGGCUGCCCUUCGACCAAGAGCGCCACGCCAACAUGGACAUCAAAGCCAUUCUGGAAAAGCUCAUCACCAUUCCCCAAUCGUCGAAGCCCUUUCGACCGAAAGUACCGGCCGGUGACUGUAGUUCGGAGAUGCACGCGAUCAUGGCGAAGUGUUGGGAGGAAGCACCGUCCGAUCGACCCAGCUCUGACGCGGUCCUGUCAGACAUGAAGAGAAUGUGCAAAGGUGGCUCGGGCGGAAUCUUGGACAAUCUGCUGAACCGCAUGGAGGCUUACGCAAACAACCUGGAGGGCCUCGUGGAAGAGAGAACCUCAGCCUUCCUAGAGGAGAAGAAGCGGGCGGAGACACUCUUGUAUGAAGUUUUACCCAAAUCCGUUGCUGAUCAGCUGAAGACCGGGUCACCCGUCCAUCCUGAGGCGUAUGACAGUGUCACUAUCUUUUUCAGUGACAUCGUGGGGUUCACCGAGCUGUCCUCGCGUAGCACCCCAAUGCAGGUGGUAGCACUGUUGAACGACCUGUACACCUGCUUCGAUGAGACCAUUGGUAACUUUGACGUCUAUAAAGUAGAGACAAUUGGUGAUGCGUACAUGGUGGUGUCCGGCCUGCCGAUCCGCAACGGCAACGCGCAUGCGACUCACGUGGCCAAGAUGGCGCUUGCCUUGCUGGCAAGCGUAGGGACAUUCAAGGUCUCCCAUCGGCCAGAUUGGAAGCUGUUGCUGCGGGCUGGCAUACACUCAGGAGCUUGUGUAGCUGGCGUGGUUGGUCUCAAGAUGCCACGUUACUGCCUGUUUGGUGAUACAGUUAACACAGCGUCAAGGAUGGAAUCAAACGGAGAACCUCUAAAAAUUCACAUUAGCAGUUCAACCUCGGCCAUACUUCGGGAGUCUGACGUUUUCAACAUCGAAGAAAGAGGGGAAAUUGAAAUGAAGGGGAAAGGAAAGCAACUCACUUACUGGUUGCUAGGACAAAAGUAGCAAUGCCUUCAAGUCCAUGUCUUGCACCAAGAAGACCCUUAAGAUAAAUGUUAUAUUGCUUCACAAUUCAGCCUAUAGUUAUUAUAAUAAUCUAUUGUGUUGAAAAUUACUUAAAUUGUUUCUUUUUGUGCAAUUCUGAAAGGAUGUUUUAAAUAAUGUAGCCCAUCCUUUUGAAAAUGGCGAUAUUUAAAUACGCUUACUGUUGGUCCGUCCUAGACGUAUUUUUAAAAGAGUAACCACGCUGAGAAGGUUCAAAGUGCAGUGGCAGGGGUUUUAAAAGUGAAAUUUUGGCUCCUGUAGAAAUGAACUCGAAACGACGAAAAUUUGUUAAAAGUUCAAAACUGGUACAGUGAAAAUUGGCCUAUUGUGUUGAAUAAUGCAUGAGUCAUGGUAGUAAGCCCAUUACUAGACUAAACGGGAAGAAAAGUCCAAUGUUGCAGUAGGCAAACAAAACUGGUUUAGCACCUCUGGUAAAUGUAUGCAGUGUGUUGUAGUUUACUAAUACCAUUUACUUUUCAUCAUGUUAAUGAAAACGUAUCAUUGUUUCCAACAAAAUAUUUUACGUCUUUCACCAAAAAAUACCGUUACACUUGAAUUUGUCUUUCCGUGUCUUUUAACUUACUAAAAUCGUGGCAUUGUAUUCACUGUCAAUAAAAUUAAUCAGAUUAGACGCCAUAUCUGUGGUGGCGUCGCACUAACACACACAUUAUUCAGCUUGAGGCGCGCGUGCAUUUAGCAAAUCGCGCACCCUAUUGGUCGAGGAGGGGUGGAACGCGCGCGAACCACCUGUCCACGCGUGUGGUGCCACCGCAGUAAUGGCUUCCAAUUCUGAUUGCUGAAUUACACUCAGGUAAGAGAAAAAAGUACACAGUGUACUAAGGUACACUAUGUUAAGGUAAGAGUGCGAUUGUGGGUGUUAGCAAAAACUCAUGGAACUAUGAAGAAUAGGCAUUUCAGUUAUGUUUUUGCCACAAAAAGUGCACAUUUAGGUCUACUCUAUGUCACACAGCAUGUUUUUGAAAUCGACGUAGUCUACAAUUGUAUUUCUGUACAGCCUUCGGUACAAUUUGUUAUGUGUGAUUGGAAAUACUAACAGAUUCGUCCACAAACGCGUGGGAAUACGGGCGUUUCAUAAUAGUGCGCCUGCAGCGCC